AUGUCUGAGCAAGAUUUCGCUGAUCAAGCAUUCACCUCGGAAGAACGUCCUGGCUUAGCUUCGCCUGUGAAUGUGCCGGAUGAGCCGGAAGUUAAGGAAAGCGUGGAGCACCAGUUGGAGACGCAUGAAGUUGAGCAUGACGCAGCAGAGUUCCUAGAUGCAAAUCGACAAAGCCCAGAAGCUGAACGUGAAGCCAGAGAGCUCGCAGAGGAAGCCUUGGCAGCGAUAGAGCAUUCCAAGGCAGCAUUAUCGGAGCUGCAUGCAGCCGCAAAUGACCACGAGAACAACGGUGAAAGACCAGAGGAGAAAGGUGAAAGUGCGAUGAAGGAGGACGGUGAACACGCCGAGGCUCAGCAGCAACACGCAACAGAUCACAUGCAAACACUAGACGCACAGUCACCAUCAGAGGAGAUUGACCGCUUUCAUACACCAGUAGGCGCGCAACCUACCCCAUCAGAAGAGAAGCCAGAACCUGAGCCGCUGACGGACGCUAUGCACGAUAUCUCCCUCUCCGACAACGAAGCAACUCAUACCCCCACUGCUAUGCCGACGUCACCAACAGGACCGCCCCUCCCACCUCGUGACUCACACCCAACAGCUCAACGCAUGAAGUCCGACCCGGCACCCCCGACACCCGCUCGUCGCGGCCCCUUUUCCUGGUUGAGAUCGGCGUCGACGGGGACCGCAUUGGCUGGCAAGAAGAGUCCUCCUGUGUCACCACCGCUGGAGGCUGCUGGAAAGAGGCGCGAUACCAUGGCUUCGGUCGACUCUGUUUCUACGAUCGCUCCAACUGCGGAGUUGCUUCUGCCGCGUGUGCGUCAGCCGCAAGGCGAAGGUGAUGCAGAUGGUGUCGAUGGCCUGGUGAAGGAGUCGCUGAAGGCUAAUUUCGACCGCCUUCACAGUCAAUCCCAGUCUCAGGUCAGCGAGGACGAGGCGCAUACAAUUCCCGAAGAAUCGGUCGACUGGGAUUUCUGGGACGCAGUGAUCAACGACUAUCCCUCCGUUCAGCGCGACCGCCCACAAGAUCUAUCAAGGGCCAUCCAGAACGGACUACCCUCAAUCAUCCGCGGUACGAUCUGGACCCUACUUGCAAACUCCAAAUCACCCUCCCUCGAAGCCCAACACCAGAAGCUUUGCGGACUUCCCGGUCUCGCCGCGAACGAGAAGCAAAUUCGCAAGGACCUGUCACGAACAUAUCCCAAGGCCGACUUCUUCCGCUCAGGCAGCACGAAAGAAGGCCAGGAGCGGUUGUUCUAUGUUGUGAAGGCAUAUUCACUGCAUGAUCCCGAGGUUGGAUAUGUGCAAGGCGAGUCAUUCAUCGCGGGGCCGCUGUUGAUGAACCUGCCUGAUGAGGAAGCGUUCUCGUUGUUGGUACGGUUGAUGCAUGACUAUGGACUUCGGACACUCUACACGCCCUCUAUGCCCGGCCUUCAUUCCCUUUUGUACCAGUUCGACAGACUUCUGGAGGUUCACUGCCCCCUGCUUCACGUCCACCUGGCCCGCCAAGGUGUUGAGAGCGGCAUGUAUGCCUCUCAAUGGUUCCUUACUCUCUUCGCUUACAAGUUCCCUCUUCCCAUCGUUCUAAGGAUCUUCGAUGUUAUCAUUGCAGAAGGCACAGCGGCGUUAUUGCGUUUCGCGCUGGCUCUGAUGAAGAAGAAUGAGGAGAGGUUUUUGAGCAUGGAGUUCGAUACGCUUGUUGGAUUCUUGAAGGAGGGGUUGUUCGAUGCGUAUAAGGUACAGGAGCAGACGCGUGGGUACAUGGCAUGGGGAAGCGGUGGUGAGGCAGUGUAUCGCGUGAAUGAGUUGGUGAAUGACGCUUAUACCAUCAAGAUCACCUCAGAGGAAUUGGAAAGUUACAAGAAGGACUAUGAGGACGCCACUAGUGCCGAACGGAAGCGUGAGGCCGAGGUCGAGGAUCUACGAACCGCAAACGCGCAGUUGUCAGCAUUGGUCAAGAGACUCGAAACAACUCUAUCCAGUCUCAACCGCGAACACAUCGAACUCGCCAACGCAAUGGUCCAAUCCAAAGUCGAAAACGCCCGUCUCACAGAAGAAAACGAAGACCUCCACACCACCGUCUCCGAACUCCGCAACGCACUCUCCACCCAACCCGCCGAGAUCGAAGAGAAACUACGGAAGGAGAUGGAUACGGUCAUGCAGAAGAACCUGGACGUGAUGAACCAGAACCAGGAGGUUGAGAGUCGGUGUGCGGAGUUGGAAGGGGAGUUGAGUAACGUCAAGGUGCAGUAUGCGGAGGUCAGUUCGAAGUAUGAGGCAUUGAACCGUAGGUGGCAGGAGCUGAGGAGGGCAUUGGAUGAGGAGCCUGGACGAACGCGAUGA